UGCCAUCUUCAGAUGGGGAUGCAGAGUUUCAUCAUCAUCAUCAGUGUUAUGAAAUUGGAAAUUACCUCUCAUGUCAUUAUAAAGGACUUUUAACUAUACGAAAAUCCAUCUGGGCAGAAAUUCAGACAAUGAAUUCAACAUACUAUUUUGACUGCUGACUAGGCCUACUGAUGUUGAAGCUCCUCUUUCUUUGUGGCAGGUGCAUCUGUUAUUUUCAAGACCGACCAAUCACCAUCUAGUUUAUAGUUCAUUGCGGUCUAACGUCCAAUAGCUCUCCUCUUUGUUGCCUUGGGUAUUAACUGGUUUACGACUGCGGACAGACAGACGCAAAUAGGCCGGGUUUUAACUAAUAGGGCCUAGUUUAAAAUCCGUAUUUACUUGUUCAGUUUCAAUAUACCAUUAAAUUGCAUCUGUAGUUUUGCAAAAUAAUCGCAGCCUGAGACAAGCGAUCGGAGGUGAAUACAUCUGAAGAUAAAAACAAGUAACUAAACCGGAUAGCUAGUUCAUGCUAGCUAAGUUACAUCGUUGGGCGCCAGUCUUUUCGUUUGCCGAGAUUGCUAGCUCUGCACGUUUCAUUGUUGUUGUUGUUAGCGACCGAGCUUGCUAACUGCUAAAUUUCAGCAUUACUUGCUAGCUACAGUUUUUAGCUACAAGAAAGCAACCAGGCAUGGCGGAAUUCCUCGAAGAUCCGUCGGUUCUCACGAAGGAUAAGCUCAAAAGUGAGCUCACGGCCAACAAUGUCCUUCUUCCCAGCUCCGAACAGAAGAAAGAUGUCUACGUUCAGUUGUACCUGAAGAACUUGACCGUUCUGAACAAAAAAUGUCCACCCUCUGUAGACACGUUCUCCAGUGAUGAAGAAUUGCCUGCCCCUGUAGUCUCCAACAAGAGCCGAUCUGGAAGAAAAGCUACCAGGAAGACAGACAAGCCUCGCUCAGAAGAAGUGGAAGUCACAGACCUCACCGAUGCAAGUUUAAAAGAUGAGCUGUUGAAGCAUGGAGUCAACGCUGGGCCCAUGGUUGGCUCCAACAGGAAGCUUUAUGAGAAGAAGCUUCAGAAGCUACUGGAUACACCUACAGCUGAGACUACUUCCAGCCCACCUGAAACUGCCAGAGUUACUGCUGCAGCCAAGGCAGAUGGCAACCAGAACGGCAACACACACUCUGGCCAGUACAGUGACAAGGAGGAAGAUGAGAUAGCUACUGCUCCUGAACCAGAGGCUGUUCCUGUUGUGGAGCAGCCUGUGAGGAUCGGAGGGAAGACUCCUGUCACUGUUAGGAACAGCAGCAGAUGGAGCAGUAAGCUACAGGUGGUGGAGGUGAACCUAGCAACUGGCGACCAGACCCCUAAGAAGACGAGGGAGAAUGUUGAAGAGAUUCUCGCUAAUGAGAUCCUUUCACCCACAGGCAUCAGCGCCAGCUGCAGGCGACCGAUUCGCGGCGCGGCGGGCCGACCGGUGAAACCCAGCGACUACUGGCUGAACGAGUCUCUCUUGGAGCGCUCCAUCUACACAGAGUCCUAUUCUGAAUGCAGCUCCUUGGGCUCAAACGCGCCGGCCAGGCCCGGCUUCCUCUCUGUCCUGCUGAAGCUCAUGGUGCUCAUCACUGUAGCCGGGUCCAUCUACUUCGCCAUUCAGCACCUCGAUGCUGAUCAGGUUCAGUCCUUCAAGGGUUUGCUAACCGACGCCAAGGGUCUCCUAAACAGCGCUAAGGGUCACCUGUGUAGCACGGUUGAUAAGGUGGUGGAUGCCGUGGUCGAUAAUGUGAUUGUGCCACUGGGUAUCGGGGGAGGCAGCAGCCAAAGUGCAGGAGCAGAGAGUGGCGGUAAGUAGGCAGUGCACCCUCUCCACCCUGCUCCCUUUGUUUUGGGUAUUUUUUACCGUUAUUUUACCAGGUUGUCCAAUUGAGGUCAGAACCCCGUUUAUUCAACAGACCACCUGGCCACUGCUCUGCCAUCCACACCUCACUAGCUCACCACACCCCCUCCAUCGCAUCCUCUGGUCACCACCAACAUCUUCACCUUUUUAUACAUGGUUACCCACCUUGAAGGACUGACUGACUGACUUUUAAUCUGGGCUGGUAGACUAUUACCCUGUCCCCUCCUUGUUCACUUUUCCUCACCCCUCACCCCACGUGAGGAGAGCAGGGGGGGUAUUCAACCCAACCAACACCAGCUUCCUGGAAAACCAACACUGUCUUGGCGAGACAGUCUGAAUAGACUUGUUUUUGAUUAUGAAGUUGUUUUUAAUCAUAGUGUGAAGUGUAUUUUGUGUAUUCUUUGUGUGUGUAUUUUUCCCUUAUGCGUGUAAAUAGAACUCCCAUGUGAUAUAGAGAGGACAGACAAGUCGUAUGCAUGGUUGUAGUUUUUGAAGGACAUGUUUGUAGUUUUUGAAGGACAUGUUUGUAGUUUUUGGAGUGUCUGUGGUGCCAGGCGUUUUUCUGAUGGUGAAGUGCCUGCACACUGUUAGCACUUAGUGCCAGUGUAGGGGUCAAUUCAAUUUAAAUUCCAGUCAAUUCACAAAGUAAACAAUUCCAAAUUUUCCUCAUUAAAAAGCAUUGAAAAGAAUUGGAAUUCCAGUGUACUUCCUAAAUCGACUGGAAUUUAAAUGGAAUUGACCCCAACUCUGCUUAGUGCCCUCCCACUAAUUCAAGCACAAAGAAAUGCUACUAAUUACGGAAACAUUUACAAGUAUUUCUGUAUGGAUUUUUGAAUAUACACUAGUAGUAAUAAUAAAGCUAGGUAGAAUCAUUUGUUGAAACUAUGAAUUGAAUGGUGCUCAGGUCUAUUCUAAUCAGCUCUAAAUUAAUCUGAUCAAUGCUGGGAGGAGUGAUAAUGUCCAAUAGUGUAAAGUCAGGUCUCGUCACUGUAUGAGGAAAACCCCUUAUUUUCAAGUUAUAAAGGUCAUAAAACUGAUUUUCUUUGGAUAAAUUGCUCGUUUUUGGUAUAUGCUGCAGUAACUAAUUAAGUGGUCUGACCGUUGAAUGGCUCAUCAUGGCACCUGACUUGAGGGGCCGUGACCAAAUCCCAGUAUAGCUUUGUGAGUUUGUGUGAGUUUACGUACGUGUUUCAUUUAGUAGUGAUUUGUUGUGCUAGAUUCCAGAUCCUCCUGUCCUAUCUACAGGGUCAUGAUCAGUAGGGCACCGUAGCAAAAUGGGCAUAAUCCUCUCUGUUUUAAUGUGUGUUUUCCCUGUUUGUUGCCUAAUGAACAUGACCCAAGACUGGCUGUCUUUUUUUAGUGCACCCACACUGCCCUUCCUAGUGGUUCCGCACACUACUGAUCUGGGAAGAAUAACGUUUUUGCAAAAGGUAGUUGAGCAAGUAUACGAGUUAACAAAGUAUUCAAUUUGGUUACUUGGACUAUAAAUAGAAAUGUACUCUGCCUCAUGUACACUUCAUCGUCAUAGAAGAGGUAACACUAAAGGGGACAAUAAAACAAUUGACUGAGGAGAGACUAAUGGUAAUAUUGAUAGCAACUUAACUUAUAUUGACCAUUCAUUGAAUUUUGUUGUCAAGAUGUUGAAAUUUUUGUCCAGUGUUUAAAAUAAGUAUUUUUUAUUGGUGUAUUUUUCUAAUGUGAAUUGUUAAUGUUUGUCUUUUGUCGAGGUGAAAGUGAAAUGUCAAAAAAUGUUUAAAUGCUAUCCUAAAACUGAACCUCUUUGUUGACUUGUGGUUACACAGGUGAAUAUAUUAAAGAUUCAAUGUUUUUUACUUUGAUCAGGCAGCUAGCUUCCCAUGGAUGGACAGAUAUGAUGGGGAUUGUGGGGGUAAGGAUUUUGAAUCUGUUUUUAUUUGAAACAGUAUCAUGAAAUAAAUGUGGUAAUUCAA